AAAUUUUUCGGCGACAUUUUGAAUCGGGUUCUCGAGGGUGACGUAGGUGUUAGGUGAAUUUCCGAGUGCUGUUUAAUUAUUUUCUAGUUAUUUCUUGUGAUAUAUCGCUUUAGUAAAGGACUAAAUUAUUAAUAAUUUCCUUAAUUUAAGUUACUGUAGUUAGGAGGUAAAUAUAAAUACAGAUAAAUAAUGGCCGAUCAAACUGAAGAAACUACCAUCAGCGGAUCUCCGUCCGGUGGUCCCCCUGGGGGCAGAGGCGGUGGUAGAGGCCGCGGAGGACCGGGAGGUCGCGGCAGAGGAGGACGGGGUGGUCCCUUCCGUGGAGGUGGUUUUAUGAAGAGCAGAGGUGGACCAGGAGACUCGUUUAGAGGAGGGCGCGGUGGACCAAUGAUGAGAGGACGAGGGGGACCACGAGGAAGGUUUAUGGGUGGUGCAGGCGGUCCCCCCGGAGGCGAUAAUCCGGGAGGAUUCCGGAGCGGUCCGCCCGGAGGCAACGGAUUCGGUGGCCGCGGCGGAAGGGGAGGCGGUGGAUUCCGCGGGGGACGCGGAGGUAGCGACAGGCCUGGAGGGGACAGGGGAGGCCGAGGAGGCCCCAGAGGCGGCGGACCCGGAGGCAGAGGUGGUCCAGGUGGACGGGGAGGCGGUCGCGGCUUCGGUGGCCCCCGCGGUGGCAGGGGAAUGGGCGGAGGACCGGGACAAAAAAGAGCGCCGGGACAGUUUGGCGGCGGCCAAGGAGGAGGACCCGGCGGACCCAAGAGACCCAGGUUCGAUAACAACGGGGGACAGAAUGGAUACAAUGCCCAACAGGGUGGCUACCAACAGGCGCCAUACUCGCAACAGUACGGCCAGAGUCAAGCGUACGGCGCACAGGGUGGUUACGGAGGAGCGUACGGCGCUCAACCUAGUCAGUACGACAGCAGCAGUUAUUCGACUUAUCCUCAAGGGGGCGCCGGAGGCUAUGGCGGCCAAGAUUAUUCAGGAUAUGGUACUGGCCAGGGCGACGCCGGUUAUUCCUCAGGGUACACCAGUGGACCGGUAGGAGGUUACAACAGUCAGCAAGGUUACGACGACCGCAGUGGAGGUUAUGCCGCUGGAGGUUUCGGUCCUGCAAAUGCACCUAGACGGUUCUAAAUAACGGAAAUCUGUUUUCCUCUGUAUAAUAAUAAUAAAUUAAAAAAUUUUAACGGUAAACAUGCUAGUGCAAAUAUCAAUUUAAAAUGUAGUUGACGUUUUUGGGGUAUUCCUUGAUCAAAUUUGGCCAGAAAAUGGCGAGUAGAUGUGCAACUAAUUUUUAUUUUAAUUUAUAGGUGUAUAAAGAAUAAAUUAUUUUAAAAAAAGCUUGGCAAAAGGUUUAUUUGGAAGAGUAUUCUCGAAGUAGAUUAAGUUAGCCGUAGAACUAUCCCCUUAUAUUAAUUUAGUUCAUUUUAAUGAUCAAAUUAUCUCUUUGUAUUAUUUUUUUAUAUAUUAUGAAGGAAUAUCAGAAAUUAUGUGUUACUUGUCGAAUUGUGAAACUUGAUUCUGAUAAUAAAUUAGGUGUAAAUGUAUUA